GUGGGGACUGUCCGUGUGUGUGUGUCUGUCAGUGUCAAAAAGGAAACAACUAAUUGACGUAACGUAACGGCUGCGAUCCCUGGCGGCUGCUUGGUGUUAAUUUUCCUGAACUUUUUUUCUUUCCUUUCUUUCUCAAGAUUCUGGUGGAUUCACUCACUCCAUUCGAGAAGGACACUGACUUCCCAAAAGAAGGCGUGUUCUGAAAUUCCCUUCGCACCUGUCCUCACAGCUCCCUGCACUUCCAGAAACUUUGACACGAGCGAAGUAACAAACCACACUAGCGAAUUAUAGUGAGGGCGAGCAGUGAGCGCUCUUAAUGACCUUUUUCUUGAGGAUUUGAAGAAAGUUGGUGAGUCUGUGUGUGAAAACCGCCGUGUGGGUGGGAGAAGAUCGGAUACAAUCGGCGAUCAUCAUCUUCACCUCCAUCGCCCAGGAGAGCCUGGUCGGCACUUCGGACCCCACAGAUUCUCUCUCUUGGGCUCCAGCGCAGCCGAAGAGCGAAGGUCCACCAUGUAUUGGGCUUCGCUGCCAUUCAUUGUAGUUCUGUGCUCAGCUUACAUGGAGAUGACUGUCACAGAGGCCUCCCUGCAUAUAGUUCCGGCCGGGAACACGCUAAAGAAGCAUGCUGGGAACAAGUUGACCCUCACUUGCAGAGGCUCAUCCCAACUGCAGUGGAAGCUACCCUCGAGGAACCUCUCCUCAUCUGGAGUGUGGGUGGCGGAUAAGGGCUGCGAGAAACACCCAUACAGUCACUGCAGUCGACUGGUUGUGGAGGAUCUGAUUCACAACGACACUGGUUUAUACACCUGCAUGCAUGUCAAUCACACUCCAGUUGAAGAAAAGGCCACGUAUGUCUUUGUCAGAGAUGACUCCAAUCCUUUCGUGCAACAGCACUAUCCAAACCCUGACCUCCUCCUCUUGUAUGAUAAUGAUGACAUGCUGGUUAUUCCUUGCCGGACCACCUCUCCUGACUAUGCGGUCACUCUGAAAGUGGAACAAAGCAUGUCACGUGAGUUUGAAGAGAAAGCGGACUGGGACCCAAAGCUUGGAUUCAGGAUGCCAUACCCCUUUGGCAGCCACUACAGAAUAGUCAAGUGCAUCACCACAACUGGAAGCCAGCACAUCCGCCAUGAGUCACACUACAUUCCCCACAGGAUCUCAACCGAGAUGAAGAACGUGAAGAUAAGCGCGGAUCGUGUGAGACUGGUAGUCGGAGACACACUUACCCUCAAAUGCUCUGGCGAGACCACCUACAAUGGGAGGAUAUCUUUCUCUUGGGACUAUCCUGGCAAGCCACUGAAUCGGUCCCACACUAUCAAGCCUCCAGAUGGGCCAUCUCCACCUUUCACCUUUAGCAGCAUUCUGACCUUGCAAAACGUCACCAUCACUGACAGGGGCCGGUACCAGUGCACAGCAGAGAAUAAGCACAUCAGGAACCUGACAGCUAAAGUAAUCAUUUAUGAGCAUCCUUUCAUCAAUUUAUCCUACAAAGGCGACAAAGUCAUUAAAGUUCUUGAAGGUAAAAAAAUGUUGAAGUUUGGACCCAGGGUUAAUGCAGUUCCAGCUCCCAACGUUGUGAUGUGGUUCAAGGACGACGUUCCAAUCAAAGAAGACUCAACCUGUUAUGAGCCUGCGGGUUACAAUCUCAUCAUUAAAGACGUUAAGCCAGAGGAUGCAGGAAACUUCACCAUGCGUGUGGGAAACAAGGAACGGUCCUUAUACGAGGACAUUAAAUACGUUUUGGAGGUUGGAGUAAAACCAAGUAUCUUAGAGGAGGAGCUUCCAUUGGAGCGUCAGCCCCACCUGCUUGGAAAGGAACACCGUCUCACCUGCACAGCCAAAGGCAAUCCCUUACCCAGCAUUACCUGGAAGUGGCAACCAUGUGACCCCGACUCCAACCUCAAGUGGUGCAAACUGUACUCUGAACCAAAACCUGUGAAGUUUUAUGAAGAGGAUGGAAGCAGCACGAACGUUGCAUACCCUUAUAACAUGAUUGGCUCCAUCAUAGCCGAGCCUUCACCCGCGAAACACAAGAACAAGAGCACACUAGUGGUGGAAGCAGCAAAAGCAUCGGGGGUUUACACUUGCCUGGUGUGGAAUGAAAAUGGCAGUCACAACUGGAGCAUACCUUUCAUUGUGGAUGAUCACCCAGAACCUUUAGAAAUUGAGCCCCAAAAAGCAAUAGAAGGAGAUGACAUCAACAUGACCUGCAGAGGCACACGGUACCUCUAUACAGAGAUGAAGUGGGUCGACCCAGUGAACCACACAGUCCCCAAUAGCAACGUUACCUUGCACAUGGGACGACACUCCAUCUCCCUGUCACUCACGCUCAGGAACGUGUCGCACACUGACGCCAAGGGCUAUUCCUGUCACGCACUCAACGGCUACACAAGACACAUUGUCACCAAAACGUCCAAGUUCAGCGUUGAGAAGAGGAGAGCCCCUUGGUUGCGGCAGAACCUGACCAGUCAGGUUGUCAACAGCAGCAGCACCCUGACCCUGGCUUGUUAUGCCCAUGGGGUUCCGCCCCCUUUCAUUACAUGGUACAAAAAUGGCAAGCUUGUGCAGGCUGCACCUGGGAUCACAAUGACGGCAGAUGGGUUGUUGACGAUUGAACGGGUGAAUAAAGAUGAAGAAGGGCUCUAUAAGUGUGAGGCCAGCAACAGUGAAGGGAAAGUGAUGACUGCUGCCAGUAUCACCGUAGUAGAAGAAGACAAGCCCAACAUAGAGGUUAUAAUCCUAGUAUGCACUGGUGUGGCUGCCACUUUCCUCUGGCUAAUGCUGGUCCUCUUCAUUCGCAAGCUGAAAAAGCCAAGCUCCGCAGAUAUCCAGAGGGGCUACCUGUCCAUCAUCAUGGACCCAGAUGAGAUGCCCCUAGAUGAGCAGUGUGACCGCCUGCCAUAUGACAGCAGCAAAUGGGAGUUUCCCAGAGACCGUCUAAGGCUGGGUAAAACCCUGGGGCAUGGAGCUUUUGGUAAAGUGGUGGAGGCCUCUGCAUUUGGGAUUGACAAGCUCUCUACCUGCAAGACAGUGGCUGUGAAAAUGUUGAAAGGAGGAGCUACAGCAAAUGAAUGUAAGGCCCUGAUGUCAGAGCUGAAGAUAUUGAUCCACAUUGGUCACCACCUUAAUGUGGUCAACCUGCUAGGAGCCUGCACAAAGCCAGGAGGUCCCUUGAUGGUAAUUGUGGAGUACUGCAAAUAUGGAAAUUUGUCUAAUUACCUAAGAAGCAAGAGAGGUGACUUCAUUGUCUACAAGCAGAACCCAGCUAGCAAGUUGAUAGGGUUGGGGUCGGGCUGCGAGCUCAGUGACUUGAGCGAGCUCAUCAAGCGUCGCCUGGAGAGCGUGGCCAGCACAGGAAGCUCUGCUAGCUCUGGUUUCAUUGAAGAUAAGAGCUACUGUGAUUCGGAAGAAGAAGAGGAAGAACCAGAGGACUUGUACAAGAGAGUCCUAACAAUGGAGGAUCUGAUCAGCUACAGCUUUCAAGUUGCAAAGGGAAUGGAAUUCCUGGCCUCACGUAAAUGCAUUCACCGUGAUCUGGCUGCCAGAAAUAUCCUGUUGUCUGAAAAUAAUGUUGUGAAGAUAUGCGACUUUGGUCUUGCAAGGGACAUCUAUAAAGACCCUGACUAUGUGCGCAAGGGAGAAGCCAGACUUCCCUUGAAAUGGAUGGCCCCAGAAGCCAUCUUCGACAAGAUCUACACAACGCAGAGUGAUGUGUGGUCCUUUGGGGUACUCAUGUGGGAAAUAUUCUCUUUGGGUGCCUCACCAUACCCCGGCCUACAGAUUGAUGAGGACUUCUGUCGCAGAUUGAAAGAGGGCACCAGGAUGAGAGCACCUGAAUAUGCAUCGUCUGAAAUAUAUCAGACCAUGCUGGAUUGCUGGCAUGGAGAACCUGAGAUGAGGCCUACCUUCACAGACCUGGUGGAGAGGCUGGGAGACCUGCUGCAGGCCAAUGUUCAGCAGGAGGGUAAGCACUAUAUCCCAGUCAACACAGCCUUGCUGACUAAAGGUGACGAGUCUUCCAACACCUCUUUGACAGAGGAGGGCUCCAACACAUGUAACUCUCAUCGGGAUUCUGGGAACAUGUGGAACAUCAAAGUGCGUCCUGCAAGUGUCAAGACCUUCGAUGAGGUUACCAUGCAGAGUGACACAAAUGAAGCCCAUGAAGGUGGGCACUCUGACAGUGGAAUGGGCUUAUCCUCAGAUGACAUCAAAACCCUGAAACGGCUGGAGUCGCUGGCUAGACCACUAAGCAACAGAGCUCUUGGAUUAAAGGCCAUGAGUAAGAGUAAGGAGUCUGUGCUGUCAGAACGGGAGCAGGACAAACUCCUUCUCCCACCUUCCACUCUGGACUUCAGCCUGGAAGACUCAUCCUUGGACCCCAGUCUGGAGUGUCACAGUCCGCCGCCCGAUUAUGAUGAUGUGGUUCGCUAUUCUGCGCCGCCCGUCUAGUUCUUUGGCGUGACUAGCCAAACGAAACUCAAGUGCACUCCCUCUGGACUUGACGUGUCCUUUCAGCUUCAGCUUCUCUCUCGAAGUUGCACUUCACAGCGCUACACCACAACCUCCACACUCCAUUUCUCAGCUUUGAGCGAGUUUUUACACUUUGCCCACUUUGGCACUGCUUAAUUUCUAUAAAGGGACAAUAUACCGCUCUAGCAACCAAAAUGAAGAAAAUGCCAGGUUCUGUACAGCUACCCAUGGUAAUGUUGUUCGUGCAGCUAAAUUGCUGGUUAUUCCAGCAACACAUAUGUCUACCUGUAUGUAUGUUCUGUAAAUGCUUUUCAAAUGAAAAAGCAUCGGGAUGUGCUCUCUGAAAUUCAAAAAUGUGUUAUACCUUGGGUGCUCGUACAGCACAUUGUAAAAGGACUGCUGAAUUAACCACUGUGAUGCCCAAGCAUUUGAACUUUUAACUCAGGUAUGACUUUCUUCGCUAUUCCUUAGCUUGCUAUGUCUACUGAUAAAAUACCGUCACUCAGUGGGUUUUGGUCAUGUGUAAUGUACCAAGGAAAGGGUUACUGUACUUUUUUAAAACUACUGCUGGUACCAUGCCACAACUGCAGGACGUGUCACUGAAAAAGUAGUUACCACAGAGGGUUCAUCCAUAUUUCCUGUCUGCACAUGUAGUUUUAUAUGUGAAAACUGGAAAGUGUUUUUUUUUUGUUGUUUUUUUUUGUUAUUUUUACAUGAAUUAAAGUUCCAGCGUUAGCAGGUUCAAGAUCAUUUUGGGCAAACAGCAGCAAUGAGGUGUUGGUACGGCAUUUUGUAAACGCUCACAGACAGGGUGGAGUCCUGUGCUGCCUCACACACUGACAUGAGCUCCAGUCCCCCGUCAGACCUCAUCCUGGAACCUGGAUCCUUGCAAUCCUUCCUAAACAACAAAACAAAAUUUGAUACCUAGACUGCUGGGCCUGAUGGAAACACUCUUGUUCCGUUGUUGCUUUUGCCAAAGGUGAAGGGAAGUAUGUGGAAGGGUUGGUUUGUAUUUGCUAAAAUGCUGUUUAGAUUGUUUCCCUAAAUUCCAAUGAAGUAUCUGCUACGCAAAACUAUGAAGGAAUAAACUAUGCAUAUUUAUUUAAAGAAUAUAGGUCAACUUCAUAUAUUUUAUACAGCUUCAUUUUAAUCUAGAGUGGUUCAUUUACCCAAAGACCUUUAUAUUCUCAGUGUUUUUGUAUUAAAAUGACUAACAUUCCUGUGUACUUCUUAAAUUCUGAAACCAUAUAUGCUGGUUGUUUUGUAGUAAACAGUAUAUAGAUUAUACAUUGUAAUAUGUGAAAUUUACAGUAUUGUAGUUAUUUGAUGUUUUGACAAGAAAGCAUACUAGUACUUAAACUACUAUAGGACAGACCACACUGUCUAAGAGGAAUUAUAUGUGUUUAGUGAGUUGGUUGCAAGCAUUUUCUAGUGUCUUCCUGUGUUGAGAUUUGAGCAUCACAUCAAUGUACAGUAUUAGGCAGGUCAUUGUUUUAAGCCCUGCAGGGUUUACUAAUAUACUGUAUUUUAUCUGUCUGUUCCCCUUGUUAAAAAUGUCAAAUGGUCUUUUUGUCAACGUGUAGGUGUGCUUUAUUUAUCACAUAAACAAGUCUAAAUGGUCAACCCCACAAAUGUUCAGCAAUACUCUUGACCAGAACGACCUUUUCAGGGUAUAUAUAGGUAUAGAUAUGCAGUCAGUUAUGUAGAUGAAUAGAGUCAUGUUGUUUUUAUGAACGUGGACUUUUGGUUUGGACUGCAGGCAUUGCAAAAUGUA